AUGAAGAUUUCAAUAUUGUUCCAGUACUUAGCAGCUGCGUACCCAAACAAGUGCGGGUGGUGCGUGCGCUGGUAUGAUGAGCUGUACCUUCUCUUUGACUGCUGUCUGCAGUACCACUACCUCAAACAUUAUGCGGCCUCAUUCUCGGAGAGCUUCUACGGCCUGCUGCGGGUGCCAGUGUCCUUCAGCUCAGAGUUGACUCCGCAGCACAAGCGCCUGCCCUACUGGCUGGAGAAGGGCUCGCUGGCGCUGCUGGUGCUUAUACCAUACUUGAAGGACAAGCUGGAGAGGGUCGUCGACCGCUGGCGUGAGGACGACGAAGACGGGAGGCUUGGGAAGGGCACCCCGGCCAGCGUCCGACGCGCGGCCAUCAAGCUCUACUCUCUCGUCCAUUUCACGUGCUCGUGCGCGCGGCUCGUGCAGUGCGCGCGCUACCUGACGGGCGCGUCGCGUGCUCACGCGCCCGCUCUGGCCGCGCUAGGGCUGUCGCUGCGCGCCGCGCCGCCGCCGCCGCCGCAGGAACACACGUGGGGUGACUUGGCUAGGAGCGUCAUGACUGGACAGAUUGGGCAAGCCGUGGUAACGUUCCCGAUGCUGGGCGGGCUGGCACUACGAGCAGUUGAGUACGGCGCCUUCGGCGUGCAGUUCCUCCGCUGGUGGGACUCCGCGCACCACCACUCGGAAGCGCUGCCCGCGCCGCCGCCGCCGCUGAAAGAAGAACGCCACGAGAGGUUAAAAAACAAAUGCCCGAUCUGUCUGAGGACGUGGAAGAUUCCUACGGUGCUGCCAGUGUCCGGGUACGUAUUCUGCUACGUGUGCAUCUCGCGGCACCUGCGUACGGACCACGCCUGCCCGCUCACGCGCUACCCGGCGCGGGAACACGACCUCGUAAGGCUCUACGUCGACUGAUACUAAGGACCUCGUACGAGGCUCUACGGGCACGGCUGGUGGCUUCUAUGGAGGCUUGACGUUGACUAACAUGGAACUAGCUUGGGCGCUGUGAGUGGUUACAUCACUUUUACGGUAGGGUAGCCUACUUAUAGCAGAGUAAAUAUAAAUGAGUAGGUCAUCUUCAUAGAAACAUUACAACAAACAUUCGGGGCAACUCCCCGCUAAAUUUUGUCAGUGUGUGCGUGCGCGCCGCAUACGUAUUGGCACGCUCACAUACAAACUGCGCUCGGUGCGUUUCUAUGAAGAUGACCUACUCAUUUGUAUUUACUCUGCUUAUAGGCAUUUCUACUUAUUGUUUUAACAAAACUGCACCUUGCAGUAGAAAAUUUGAGAAAAUGUUCCCUAUGUAGUAAAGUAACAUUCCUCAAUGAAAAAAUACAGGUAUUAACCUGUAUUUUUUCUGUAUCUUUUCGAAAAAAAAUAUUUCGUUUAGUUUAAGAAAUAAAAGGAUUAUUUAUCGGGUAGGUAAAUGUUUGUGAUAAAACGUAAUCUUAAGUCAAUUAUUUGUUAUAUUAUUUCAAUUCGUAAGACUGAAUGUGCCAGUAGAAUAGAAAUGAUUUGCGAUAAAAUACUUUUUGUGACUACGGCCAGUCCACUGACUUCAAUUAAAAGAGCGACGUAUGGUCAAUAUGGUGCUUCGCGGUGCAAAUUCGAAUCAAGAUAAAGUCAAGGUUGGUAUGAAUUCCACAAGUAGUUUUAAGUGGUGUCAUGGAGACUUGUAAUUAAUAGUAUGUAUGUAUUAUUUAUUCUAAUAUGUACCUGUUUAUGUAUUUGGUUCGUUAUUAGGCCAUAGUAAAGCUCUGCGUAGUUUGAAGCCAUGCAGAAUAGUUGGGAGUGAUUGAUCUUAGUUUAUUUUUGAUGUAGAAUUUAUGUAAAUUACUCUUAUUUAAUAAAAUCAAUUAAUUUAUUUAAAACAUACAGUUGAUUUAAAAUAUCUUUACAGAUGGAUUAACAUAAUUAUAUGUUAGAUAUUUUGAGUACUUUCACUGCAAGGAUAUUUUAAGUUGACUGUUCUUUGUGGUGGGCGUGGUGAUGGCGUUAGUCACAAAUAAAUUUAAUUUAAGGUGAACUGGGACUGUAAAGUAAUAUUACUGAAUCAUUUUAAAUGUACCUAUGUUAUUGUUCUGUAAAUAAAACACAUUUUCGUAUAAUUAACUUACUUUUAUUGAAUAAAAAAAGUUUACAUCGUAGGAUAAGUCUUUAAAUAUUAACUAAAUAAUUGUAUGAUACGACGGCGAGCAAUAAUAUUGGUGAUAUUUUUGUCUUGUUCUUGCGUAUUUAAAGUUGCGUAUUUAGGUUAGUAUCUGUAGUUAGUUAAGUGGUUUUAUUUCUAUAGUAUUUUAAAGUUCAGUUAAGUCAGUGAAGUACCAUAAACAUGGUCCUUUAAUCACUAGCGAACUUACUUAUAGAUGUUAGUUGUUUUUAGAACAAACAAUGUUAUGACUUUAUACAGCUUUGAAUCAUUCUCGAGAAUAGAUUCGUAUCUGUCUUAAGGUACACGUUUGUAGCGGACGACAUGGAGUUAUAGUCUAGUGGUUUCUAUGUAUUUUUAUGAAAUACUAUUCGUAGUAAGCGACACGUCGCCUGGAAGUAUUUCAUAAAAAUGCAUAGACAGUGACGUGUCGCGGCGUCGUCGUCUGCUGCUGCUGCGUGCACUCGGCUACGAACUUGCACCUUUAAAGGCUGAUUUACACGUAUUAAGUAGAUAACUAAAUUUUAACUUGAUUUUUCUGUCAAGUUGGUGGACGGGGCAUGUCACUUGACACGAUUUGACAAGCAGUU